CCCCGCCGAUCCGCCCGCCGACCCCGCCCCCGCCGAUCCGCCCGCCGACGACCCCAUGGACGCCGACGCCGAGGCGGAGGAGCACGAGGAGGAGGCGGAGUCGGAGGAGGAGGCGCAGCCGCUGAAGAAGCGGGGCCGGAGGAAGCGGCUGCCGCGGGAGCCGUCCACCCCCGCCACCGGUAGGCCCUCCAGGGAGCGCAAGACCGUCGAGCGCUACUCCGAGCUCACCCCGCGCUCCACCCCCGCCAAGAAGUCCGCCGCCAUUCUCCAGGGCUCUGGGACGAAGCUCAAGGAGAUCCCCAACGUUUUCUUCAAACUUUCCAAGAGAAAGGUGGAUGACAAUCUUCAGAGUCUUCAUACUUUAUUGUUUGGGAGAAGAUCAAAUGCCCAUUUCCUGAAAAGAAACCUAUCCCAGUUUUCUGGUUUUGUUUGGACUGACAAUCCAGAAAAGCAAAGGAACAGGAUAAAAGAAAAGCUUGACAAGAUGAACAAGGAGAAGUUGAUAGAUUUUUGCGAUAUACUUGAUGUUCAGGCCAAACAAUUAAAGAAGGAGGAAGUUUCUGCCAAAUUGCUGGAGUUUCUGGAGUCUCCUUGCAUUACCAGAGAUGUUGUUAUCAGUGAUGUGAAGAAAGGGAAGAAACGCCGGAGGAAGUCUAAAGGGACUAGCCAGGCAACAGCUGAAGGUGCUUCUGGAGAGAAGAAAAAGAGGAAGAGUCGGAAACAAGCAGUUGAGGCUGAAAAUGAGAAUGAUGAUGAAGAUGAUGCUGGUCCUGCUGGGGACUCAUCAAUGGGAGAAAGUGAUGAGGACUCCGAAGUGAAAGAAGAGACCAAGAGUGACGAAGAGCCUGAAGCGACACCAGUGAAGAAAAAGUCAACAGAUGAUAAACAAGGAAAGAAGGAAGCUGGAUCCAAGGCAAAGGGAAAGGAUGCAUCAGCAAAGAAGACUCCUACUAAAUCUGUAAAAAGGGUGUCAAAGCCAGAUGUGGAGCCGGAGAGGAAAAAGGCUGCCAAGAAAACACCAAAGAAUUCAACAAAGGAAAGCAGUACACCUGUAGGCAAGGCCAAGAAGAAGGUUGCAAAACCGAAAAAGGAUGUUGGAAAAGAGAGCCAAAACAACAGUAAGGCACGCAAGAAGCAAGGUGCCAAGGCAUCUGGUGAAAAUAAAGGAAAAGGCAAGGUAGCCCCAACCACUAAACAGUUGCAUGGUGUUGUUAGUAACAUAUUGAAAGAAGUGGACUUCAAUACGGCAACUUUGGCUGACAUUCUCCGGAAAUUAGGAGACCACUUUGACAUGGACCUCAUGGACAGGAAGUCGGAGGUGAAGCGCAUCAUAGAGGAAGUGAUCAACAGCAUGUCUGAUGAUGAAGGUGAGGAAGAAAAUGAGGAAGAGGAUGCAGAAGAGAACGGCAAGAAGGAAGAAGAUUCAAAGGAGGAUCCUGAUGAAGAGGAAGAGAAAUAAGCCAGACGUGAUCGGACUGAGCGAUCUCCUGUAUUUGUCAAGUGUUCUUGUUUGUUGCUGGGGCUGCUCUGGCCUGUACAAUGGUGGCACCACAACAGCCGUUUUGGUGGUGGUCUAGGCAGGUGCUAGACUGUUUGUUAGCCAUUUGAUGUGAUGGCCCUGCGUGCCUACCUGGUUGUUGUGCUUGACCCGUGGUGUUAUUGACCUGUAGUCUCUUAGUUGCCGGUCAUGUACAAUAGCUGUUUGGUUAUAUGACUCUGUUCCUUUCUUAGGUAGCUAGCCCUGACUGUAAUUUGCAGCAUGCAUACUUAUCCGUGUUCUGUUCCUUGCAUUUAUCUGUGUAAAACAGUUGUAUUCUUGUGGAUUUCUUGCUUGCUGUCUGCAUUUCAUGGCUUUCUCACCAUUUGACAA